AUGCUCUCAAGCACUAUCGAAGAGAGCUGGAUAUGGGCCACUGUAGCUUGCUGCCUGGUCACAUUCCUCGUUCGAAAUGCCCUCUGGCCAACAAUCCUUGACUCAGAAGAGCCCCCUAUUCUGCGGCCCAAGAUACCUCUGAUAGGUCAUUUGAUUGAUUUGAUCCGUCUGGGCUACAAACAAAAUGUCAAGAAUCACGAGAAGUUCAACAUGUUGGCGUACUCGUUGCCUAUAUUGGGGGGCAACCUCUACGUAGCAUCUUCACCUCAACUGGCAUCUUCAAUCUUUCAGAAACGGACCCUCAGCUUUGAGCCUCUCAUUGACAGAUUUGUUCGCACUUUGGUAGGCAUGGAGGGCCACGGGAUGGAGUUGUGGACGAACCCAGCCUUCCGCACCGCCAUCUUCAAGGUUCUCUACAAAGGACUUACCGGGCCCUCGUUGAAUGAAUUGACCAAAUCAGCCGUCAGCCAUCUGGCCACCUCCCUCAACAAGAUGCCCCUUGACCAGCGAGAGUCGAUCGACUUCCACUGCUGGACGCGCGAGACAUUGUCCAAGACCAUCAUGGGAGGCUUCUAUGGGAAGUUGAGCCCUUGGGAAGACCCAAUGGUAAUGCGAAGCUUCUGGAUCUAUCACGACGACAUGCACAAACUUUUCCCCGGCAUCGCUCCCUCCGUCAUCGCCUCGAAAGCAUACAAGGCAAGAACAAAGGUCAUUGAAGCGUUGGAGGCAUACAUAAGAAGUGAGAAAGACUUUGGAGCGGAAGUGGCUCAGUUCACGAGGGACAGAUUCAGCGCGGAGCGGACGUUUGAAAUGUCCAUUCACAACAGUGCCAAGAUUGAGAUCCUUCUGGCCACCGCUCUCGCCAAUGUCUCUACCCUCGUGUUCUGGCUUCUGUCCAACAUUUACAGCCAGCCAGAGCUUUUGGCCAAGAUUCGAGAAGAGCUCAUCAAUGCGGCGGUUACCGGCGAGAGUCCAAACAAGGGAGAGGAGGUCCAGAUGACACUUCAUCUGGGCAAAAUCAAGGAGCACUGUCCACUACUAUUGUCGUGCGCGCAAGAAACCGAACGGCACUACAUUGUUGAUAACAUUGUCCGAACGGUGAUGUCGGACACCACCAUAUCAGAUGGGAACCGCUCGUACCUCCUUAGAAAAGGAAACAACGUCCAGAUGCCGCUUAGCAUUUUGCACAAUGAUGCAAGAGUAUGGGGCGCCAACCCGGAGAGUUGGAAAGGUGACCGAUUCCUGAACAUGGGCUACAAUGCGGCAUCACCGCCCGGCUUCCUCCCGUUUGGCGGGGGCAAGCACAUCUGCCCCGGCCGUCACCUUGCAAACGGACUUCUGCUCAACAAUGCUGCCCAACUAUUACUCAGCAUUGACCUGGAGAGUACGGAUGGCGGCACCAUUCAGGUCCCAGAGGCACAGGUCCCCUGGUCAACAACCGGCAUAGGAAGACCGGAACAUGGGCCAGAAUCCAGGGUCAAAAUCAGCCGACGGAAGGAUUGGGAGCAUGUGAAGUGGUCUGUUGUGUAUUAA